AACAGAUCAUCAUUUUUUACGUGAAUCCCACAUGAUUGCUAGAAUAUAAAUAAUAAAAUGUUUAAAUCGCUAAUGAAAACGGGUUGUUUCUACCAAAGACAUGUUAUCGAAUCCAGAAAAGUAUUUGUACGGAACUAUGAAAUACCAACACAUAUAAAGGGCGUGCCUACGAACCCGGAUCCCAGUUUCUUCCGGAUGGUGGAGUAUUUUUACCACUUCGCAGUCCAAGUCGCUGAGCCUUCGCUGUUCGACUAUCUACAGAAGCAUGCCCAUUUUUCUGAUAAGAAGAGGAAGCAAAGAGUUGCUGGCAUAUUAAAGGUUAUGGGAUCCUGCAACAGCUCGCUGCAGUUCGAGUUCCCGUUGCAGCGCAAGAACGGCGACUACGAGAUAGUACACGGAUAUCGCUCGCAGCACAGUGUGCAUCGGCUUCCUUGCAAAGGAGGUAUAAGAUUCUCGGAUGCAAUUGAUUUAGAAGAAGUGAAGGCUCUCGCUGCACUGAUGACAUACAAAUGCGCUUGCACCAAUAUACCAUUUGGAGGAGCCAAAGGAGGCGUCGCUAUUAAUCCGAAGAAGUACACCGUAGCGGAAUUGCAGAGAAUCACUCGACGUUACACCUUGGAGCUUGCGAAAAAGAAUUAUAUUGGCGCAGGAAUAGAUGUACCGGCUCCAGAUGUAAAUACCUCUGGGAGGGAAAUGUCCUGGAUAGUUGAUACGUUCAUAAAAACAUUAGGGCACAGGGAUCUGAACGCCGCGGCGUGUGUGACGGGGAAGCCGAUCAAUGGUGGCGGAAUCCACGGACGAGUCGAGGCAACGGGCCGUGGCGUCUUCCUCACCACCUCGAUGUUCAUUCACGACGAACAUUAUAUGAAUCUGAUCGGUCUCCAACCUGGCUUCAAGAACAAAACCGCUACAAUUCAAGGCUUUGGAAAUGUGGGUAGUUACGCCGCAAUGUACCUCGAGGAGCAUGGGGUGAAGGUGAUCGGAGUGGUCGAGGUUGACUGUAACCUGAAGAAUCCUGAUGGUAUCAAUACGAAGGAGCUCCAAGAGUAUAAGAAGAAGAACAGAGGCAGUGCCAAGGGGUUCUCCGGCGCGACCGAGUGCGGUCCGGAGUUGUUGUUUGAAAAGUGCGACAUCCUGGUUGCGGCGGCCAUGGAGAAGUUGCUGACUCAGGAUAACGCACCCAAGCUCAACUGUAAGAUUAUAGCGGAGGGCGCAAACGGUCCAACCACGCCUGCAGCGGACCUGAUCCUGCGUGAAAAGAAAGUUCUUGUCUUACCGGACCUCCUUACCAAUGCAGGCGGCGUUUGUGUAUCAUACUUUGAGUACCUGAAGAAUCUGAACCAUGUCAGCUUCGGCAAACUGAACAUCAAGUUUUGGAGGGAUUCCAACACUGCUUUGCUGGAUUCGGUGGAACAGUCGUUGAAGAAGUCCAACAUAAAUGCCAAGAUCCUGCCAUCACCAACCUUCCAAUCGCUCAUGUCGGGGGCCGAUGAGAAGCUAAUCGUCAACUCUGGCUUGGAGUACACGAUGGAGAAUGCUUGUCGAAACGUGAAACGCGCAGCCGUUCAGCAUAAACUGGGUCUAGACUUGCGGACUGCCGCCUAUGUGACGGCUAUCGAGAAGAUAUUCGUCACUUAUGACGAACACGGGCUUGCACUUUGAAUGAAGAAGAAGCAAUAUUGUUUCUAUAGUAUAUUCCUAUAGCUAGUUCAUUAAUAUACAUAUCUAGAUGUAUAGUUAAGUUAGUCGAGAGCGUGCUAAAUCUUUGGUCGAUUUUAUUGAUUAUUUAGUUAUAAUAAAAAUUUAUAGUUAUCUAAUA